UGGCAUCACAUCGGCAAGCCUCCAACCCUCUGGAACCUCUCCAGAUAACCAGGAGUGCAGGCAGGUGCCGGGCUGUAUAGUUACCGUAGAUGAGGUACAAAACUUAUUUUAUGGAUGUGUAAGUUUUCUUAAAAGGUAAAAAACAGCCACAAAAACAUACAGCUAGUGGUAUAUGUGACUUUGUUCUGGUGAAACCAAUGCAUCAACUUCUAGUUCAACAGCAGUGGCUGCAGUUCUUAGCGAGUUCCCAAGGGGUUUGACAAAGAGUUUGCUCACUUAGUGGGAGCUCAGUCCGGCCACGUGCCUCAGAACAGGGCCGAUGGCAGGGCCAUGGGGCCCUGGGCAGCUGAGUGGGCCCGAAGGGUGGGGCCGGGGCAUUGUGACAUCGCGGUGCAUCACAGUGCGGGGCUGGUAUUGAGGCCGUGAGCAGGCAGCCAAGCUCCACUUUGGCCUGGGCCAGCGAUCAUGGCUUUGGCGUUUUUCUUCGCCUUGUUGGCGCAGAGAAUACCAUUAGUUGGUGAUUUGGAUGUGGACACGCUCGACCGCAUGCAGCAGCGUGAGGUGUAUCUGCAAGAGCAGAUGACAAAGCUGCUGCUGGAGAUGGAAGAGAAGAACACGGCGCUGAGCACGAUGGGCACUCAAGCCCUGCUUCGCUGCUUUGUUUUUUGUCUUCCCAUCCUUCUGUAUUGCUUCAUGUGGAUGAUCUGUAUAAAGUUCCGUAGAGUUGAAGACACCUGUGAUGAGGAGAGCUCCAGCAUUGAGAAGGAGCAGGAGGAGGAGGAGGAGGAGGAGGAGGAGGAGGAAGAGGAGGAAGAGGAGGAUGACGGUGUCUUUUCUCUCGAUGUGUUCUGGACAGUCCGAAGCCAUCAAGAGGACUGUGAAGUGAUGUACUCGCUGAUGUGUGGCGUCAUGGAUAUAUGCCGAAAUAUGGUAUCAGAUACUUUCUACCCAGUGCCAGAGCGUCUCAUCAAGGUGGGCAGUACCUUCGAAGGCUGGUGUCCCGUUAGAAACGUACCUGUCUUCAGCCUGCUUGUGCCCCUGUUGGCCCCCCGUGGGCACACUUUCCACCUGGAUCUGGGCACCACAGGCGAGGUACCAGCAAUGUACUCCCGUAUCCGUGUAGAGCUGGAAUGCACGUGCAAGAGGGAGCAGGAGAUGCGCAUGCGGUGCUUCCUCCACACCUCCGCCAAAGAGCUGAAAAGGCAGCAGCCCAGCCUCCUGCACAGCCUCUGCACUACGUCCCACUUAGACGCGCAGAAGACUGCCCGCUGCUUCCAGGAGCUGAUCAAAAAAGCCUGGAAACUCAUGCACGUCUCAGAGUUCACCAUGGAGAUAGACACGGUGAAGUCCAGGCGCUCCUGCAGGCUUCAUGUGAGAGAUGUCAACAAAAGAAUCUUCUACGUUGAGUUUGUGUUUGGCGUCCAGCAGGAUGAUACGGACAUCUUUCUGAGCAGCCAUGAGAUAGUGUAUCGUCGUACCCCCAGCACGGUCUGGCCACAGAGCUGUGUUGUGGCAGAGAAAAAGUUCCUGCAGUAUGUAGCCAACCACCCCCGGGGGGGCAAAUUCUACCUCAGAUAUCUGCAACUGUGUGGCUAUCUCAUGGCGAGCCUCAAGUUUACCAUCUACGACAUGAAGACAGUGAUCAUGCACCUCCUGAAUACCAUUCCUUUGCAAAGGUGGCACGGGAGGGCUUUCCUGCUGCGGAUGGAUGACAUCUUGAACUACCUGCACUGCUGCGUGGAGGAGAAACGCCUGGACCACUUCAUCGUAGGAAACGACUCGUUGCCUGAGGAGAUUAUCUUGCCAAAAGAGUUCCGAGCUUCCCCACCGCUCAACAUGUUCCAGCACCUGGAGGAGGAACCGGACAAAUACGAGCGGGCGCUGCAGGAUUUGGCGGAGCUGCACGAUCGGUUCACAGCCACGCUGCUCUAUGGGAGAUGAGAGACGCGCACUGUCCCACGGACGAGCACGCAGGGCAUGGAGAGGACACCGCUCCGUAGGCACUGGGAAUUGCCCCGAGGUGUUUUCUGCGAACUGGGGCAGCCAUCUCCUAUGGGAUAAAGAAGGUUGUUGUAUUUCUAAUAAAUGGCAAAACUCAACAAUAACUUGAGCCAGACCUAUACACUCACAAUCGCCUAGCCCUCACAUGUCACCAGUCUUGGUUACGUGGGGAAACUGCUGUGUUGCGCGGGUGUAAAAGAUGGUAAGCACUUAAAGUCUUUUCUUCCGCACCAAAGCAAAGGAGUCAGCAGCUCUUUCGAGCUUGAGGCCCUGUUGCAACAAUUGGCGCCCGAACAGGGACACGGGAAAGAGAACCAACAGGGACCUGAAACUCAACCUGACUGGAAGACUGGCCGGUCUGGAGUGCGUUGAGCAAAACGCGGAGCACGCUGAGACAAGCGUGGCAGGCGCUGAGAAGCACAGCAGGCAUUGAGAAAAACCCUGGGCUCUCACUUGUGCUGACAGCUGGCAGUCCCGUGGAGGAGAAAGGGCACCUGGAGAUUACUCAGAUGGAGGGACGUCACCUGCUCAGUCUGUAGGCUGGCAGGAUUCAUACUGCUACCCUGGGACAACGCAGUACUGCCUUUCAUGCCAAUCCCUAAAAUCCUGUACAAGGAAAAUUCACCUUUUCCUUCUGUUUUUAUCCUGAUGUAUGCCCAUGUUUGGUGUGUUAGUGAAAAGCUCGGAAACA